AAAAAGGAAAAAAGAAAGAAAGGCUUGACAUGUGGAUUUUAGCCAUGAAGCCCACCAGCCUGUGACAAGCCAGUGCGGACUAGUCUGCUUUGAUAGCUCUAAAUUCUAAUACGAAGCAUGCAUUACAUGUUUUUCCAUUUGAAAGUUGGAAUUGAUGGUCAGCUGGGUUCACUGCAUCUGCCCAUGAUUGGUAAUUCUGAAUUGUAAACUGACAAUGGAGUUCCUCAUUGUACUUAUGACAAAGGAAAAGGCUCCUCUUUGUACACUGCAACUGAAUACUCAAACCAAAUAAGCAUUCAGGUUGGAUUUCAUGUUCCUUAGCCAAGAUGAGAAAUUUCCUUAGAAACAUCUUUAAGUUGAAUGAAAGGUUCUUGGCUUCAAAUGUUUGAAUUUUAAGCCAUAUAUGCAGACAUGUGGUGUGGUUCAGUAUUUUGCUCAAGUCAUUUCUGAUUACUGAAAGCAAUACAUUUGAUCGGGGUUUGAGUAUAGUAAUUUAUAGCUGUUAGAUCAUAGCAAUUCAUUGUAACCUAAUUAUACAUUUGACUCCACUCAGGCUUCAAUUAUCCAUUUUUGUAGUUGAAGAAUAAUAAAACACUAGUGGCUAUGGCAAGGUUUGUGCGUCCUAAGAAUGAUGUUGAAUUGAGUCCAAACCUCUAUGUUGCAAACUGUGGCCCAGCUGUGGGACUUUCUCAUGAUGCUAUUGCAUCUGUGUUCUGUGAAUUUGGGGAUAUAAAGGGAGUUUAUGCAGCAGAUGAGAGUGGCACCCGUGUAAUUGUAUCUUUUUCUGAAGAGAGUUCUGCCCAAUCUGCCCUGAAGGCAUUAGAUGGAGUUCCAUGUUCCAAACUUGGAGGCCGAUCUUUGCAUAUUCGUUACUCAAUGCUUCAGCCAAUUUCACAGAGUCAGGUAAGUAACUUGGUUCCUGUGUCUAUCACAGUCUCAGAUCUUAGCAUUCCAGGCCUUUACCUUGUGAACGACUUCAUUAGCACUAAAGAAGAGAAGGCAUUGCUCCAAGAAGUUGACUGCAGGACCUGGAAUAAUCUUUCGAAAAGAAGGGUUCAACACUAUGGUUAUGAGUUUUGUUAUGAUACAAGGAAUGUUAAUACAAAGCACCGCUUGGGUGAACUUCCAUCAUUUGUUUUUCCAAUACUUGAAAGAAUCUCAUUAUUCCCAACUCUCAGGAAUGCUGCAAAUGUAGUUUUGGACCAACUUACGGUAAAUGAGUACCCUUCUGGUGUUGGCCUGUCCCCUCAUAUAGACACUCAUUCUGCAUUUGAAGAUUUGAUUUUCAGCCUUUCAUUAGCUGGGCCUUGUAUAAUGGAAUUCAGGAGAUAUGCAAAUAGUGAUUGGCUUCCUAGAGUUGCUUCAGGCACUGUCACUAAAGUGGAAAGUCCAGAGGAUGAUUCAAAUUUUAUUCGGAAGGCUAUCUAUCUUCCCCCACGAUCCAUGCUGCUGAUGUCUGGCGAAGCACGAUAUGCAUGGCACCAUUACAUUCCUCACCACAAGAUUGACAUGGUGAAUGAGAGAGUUAUCAGAAGGGCUUCAAGAAGGGUGUCUUUUACUUUUCGAAAGGUCAGAACAGGUGCUUGCAAUUGUGAAUUUCCUCAGUGUUGUGACCCUCAAAGAUAGAAGGUUGGCUUUCACCAUGUUUGAUGAGGAAUUGGCAGAGUCGACAUCUUUUUUGUGGGGCCAGAAGGCGAUCAUCCUCCUGAUGGCUUUUAUCUGUCAAGCGUAUCAGAUAGACCACAAAGCUGAGAAGAUUGAAGAUUUUGAUGCCUUUCUUUCUUACUUUUUAUUUUAUUUUAUUUUUUGAUGAUUUAAUUGGACUUUAUUUAUUUACUAGAGCUAAACUUAGUCUAGCAGUCCAAUUAUUUUUCUAUUGUAGCCUCCUCACCUUGGCACAGCUUCUUUUAGGUUCUUUCAGCUGAGUGAACAAUUAUUGACCAGUAACAAUUGUUCUUUAGCACAUAGAUCCCAUCAUUUUUUUU